UCAGGCAAUCAGACGUACUCUUUGUUUUAGCUUAACUCACUAAAAAAAAAUCACAAAAAUGUCAACUAAUAGCUCGACUAUUCUAACGCCAUUGGCAACACCAAUGCCUGGAUCAGGAAUGGGCAAUGCCACAACAUUUACUUUGGAUAAUCCCACAUUCUGUUGCUAUCUCUUCUGGUCCACAGUGUUGGUGGCUAAAAUGCUGCUUAUGUCCUUGCUAACGGCCUUGCAACGUUUCCGCUAUAAGCUACUGGGUCUAAUUCCAUUGGCCCUAAGGCGCAAGAUUUUCCCCAAUGAGGAGGAUUUAUUCUUUAAGAAUCUUGAAGUCAAGUUUGAUGAUCCCCAUGUAGAGCGUGUACGCAGGGCACAUCGCAACGAUAUGGAGAAUAUUUUGCCAUAUUUCAUUAUGUCUUUGAUCUAUAUAAGUACCAAUCCUAGCCAGGCAAUUGCCUGCAAUCUGUUUCGUGUUGCCUCCGUAGCACGCAUUCUGCAUACAUUGGUCUAUGCAGUGUAUCCGGUGCCACAGCCCUCGAGAAUUUUGGCCUUCGCUACGAUGCUGUGCAUUACCUUUUAUAUGGCCGCUGUGGUGGCAUUGCGCACGCUAAGUUUCAUUUAGCUUGUUGUAGUGCAUUAAACAUACUACAUAUAUCCGUUUUGUUUAA